UUACAUUGUGAUAUUGUCACGUGCUCUGUCGUCCAGCUGACGUCUCGAGCACAGGUGUGCACGUCUAGUGAGCGUCCGCGGAGUGUAGUGGUCGCAAUCAGCGUUGAAAAAAAACAGUAACAUUCAGCGUUAUUUGAUGCUAUAAUAUAACAGCGGUAUAGGACGAUACGAUGGCGUUGGGCCGUGGGCUCUACUACAAACUAAGAUGCACGGGAAAAACAACGUGAUCGUUUUGGGGUUUGCUCUGUGGCCUGACGUGGACUAGGCAAAAAAUAGGUCACGCAUCCAGUUUCUCACAAUGACUCAGGACGAGAAUCAAAUUCGUAAUUUAAAUAAUUCGCACACCAUCCUGUUGGUACAGCCCACCAAGCGGCCCGAAGGGCGGACGUACGCAGACUAUGAAUCCGUCAACGAGUGUAUGGAAGGGGUGUGUAAGAUGUACGAGGAGCAUCUGAAGAGGAUGAACCCCAGCAGCCCGUCGAUAACCUACGACAUCAGCCAGCUGUUCGACUUCAUCGACGACCUCGCUGACCUCAGCUGUUUGGUGUACCGUGCCGACACCCAGACCUACCAGCCCUACAACAAGGACUGGAUCAAGGAGAAGAUCUACGUCCUGCUGCGGCGACAGGCACAGCAGGCGGGGAAGUGAGACCGGAGACCGGGGGCUGAUUCGGGACCGGG